AUGUCUUCCGUCAGCUCUUCGUCCAGCUUUCGCUCUGAGCGCAUCAGCACCUACAGCCCUGCGGAGACCCGUUUCGAACCCCUGCUGGACCCUCCGCACGGGAUCUUUGGCUCCGGGCGGCCACGGGAGUCCUACGGGUACUCAGGCCCCCCUCCGUCAGUGCACCCCUCCACCCUGGGGAGCAGCAACGUGGUGGCCAGCGGGGACAAGUACCAGGUCCUGGCCGACGUCAGCCAGUUUGAGCCCCACGACAUCGUGGUGACCACCUACAACUACUGUAUCGUCAUCCAGGCCGAGAAGGUGGCGGAAGACGGCACCGUUUCGAACACCUUCACCCAUAAGUGCCAGCUCCCGGCAGACAUGGACCCCCUGUCGAUCAGCUGCGCCCUGAACAACUCUGGCAUGUUGGUCAUCACCGCCAAGCGGCGAGCCCUGACGCCACCCCCUCUCUACCGCAGUGAAGUCAAGCUCUAA